AAAAAUUAUUUAUAUCUUCAAAUGGCUGAAAGUACUACAGCAAAUGUCAAUUGGGCAGAGAUCUCUGAUGAUGAAGAAAUUGUUCCACAACAUCCAUAAGAAACAUAAAAUUAAGAAAUUUAACCCUAAGAUGUCAAAUAAGAAUAACCAUAAGAAUUAAAUAAUGAACAAAAGAAAUAGUCAAAAAAACCAUAUUAAAAGCAUCAUAAACCAGAAUGGGUUAGGCUCAAAGAGUUAUAAAAGAAAUAGGCUGAACAAAUUUAAAAAGAAUAACAAGCUUAAUUAGAAGCUAGAAGAAUCAAACCAAGUGUAUUCAAUAUUUAUAUUUCCAUAGAAAAAUAAUUUCCAAGGACUUAUGAAUGACAGUGAUGAAGAGGAAUAAAAACCUCAAGAAACUACCUAACCUGAAGAAUAAACUCAAACCUAAGAAUAACCUAAAGAAGAAUAAAUUGAUUAAUACCAAAGUAAUUUUAUAAAUUUAAACUUAGUCUUGAAACAAAGAUAAACAUAAGAAGAAAAAUAAUAAUAAUAAUCAAAAAAGAAAGAUUAAAAGAAAAAAGAUAAUGAAGAUUUAGAUGCUAUUUUAAAUGAAUUAGGAUUCACUUAAAAAGAAUCUCAAUAAACUGGAGAUUAAGAAAAAAAAAAGAAGAAAAAGAAUAAAAAUAAAGAUGCUGAUAAAUAACCAGUUACCACAGAAAAUAAGCCAGAAUAAUAACAAUAGUAAUAAUAACAAUAACCAUAACAAUAAUAAUAAUAGAAUGAAAAAGUUGACAUCAAAAAGGUUUUAGCAGAAAAAGCCAAAAAAACACAAAGCGGUUCUCAUCAAGUUGAUAAAGUAUUAUUUAAUUAAUAAUUUUAGGACUUAGAAAGAGUGAAAUAAGAAAUUGAAAAGAGAAAUUAAAAGUCUAAGAAAAAUAAGAAAUAAGACUUAGAUCUUUGAUUUGGUAAAUUGAUAAAUAAUAC